UUUGAUAUGCAACUCAAUUCGCUGAUUGUCUUAUCAUUUAUGAUCAUUGUAGGAGAUGGAUCUAACCAUCCCACAAGGCCCAAGGAAUAGAAGGCCUGGCCCGGACCAAGGGAAGCGACGGCUCGGAUAGUCGGCUUAAUAGGUCAGUCUCUCGGCUCGCCUCUGAAGUACCUUGAGUCGAUCGUUGUCGACUAAGAGGCAUCCGGCUCGGCGACCGCUCGAAUGAAUACGGGCCUUUCGGCCCAUUAAGGAAAGCCCGCAAAGACGACAUAAGCUAGGUCAAGAACGACACAUCAGAGGACUAUAUAAUGAGAAGGAAGAGGAACGAGAAGAGGAUCCGAAAUCAUCUGACUAACACUUGGCGGCUAGAUUAGGGUUUUCACCUUUGCUUCAUCUUGCCGUUAUUUGUACUUUUCCGGUAGCUCCCGAGUUACCGGCUUCUUCUCUGUCGCAUUUUCUUACCUCUCUUGUAACCGACUGAUUGUCUCUUCCGACCAUAAUAAAACGUCUUUGUUAAACCCACGUCUUCUUUAUUACCGUUUUCCGAUCAAACAGUUGGCGCCCACCGUGGGGCCUUUUUAGCAAAGUAACGUUAGUACUAUGGUUGUCAGCAACGACAGUUCUUCGUCUGGCGAGGAGCGCGAAGCCCUCGAGGUGAUGCCGGCUCCCGAGGUAACACCUACGCCUACACCAGUAACUCCGCUACCCCCUCCUGCGUCCAUGGAAACCAUCUUGGCACGCCUCGCCCUGCAAGAAGCGGCGCAUAAGGCGGCGGUCGACCAAAUCACAGCGAUAGCAAAAAUACUCGCCCCUAUCGCUGCAAACGCCGAAGCUUCAACGGCGCAGUACCGUCGACACCUGUUCACCACUGAACGAACCACCAACGUAGCACCUGCGCGGGAUAACAACAACCAGAGCGCCGGUAACAGCAACCAGAGCGCCGGUAACGACAUCAACGCAGACACCGCAAGCGAGCUAGCCGCGUUGAAACAGUCGGUCCUCGACAUCAACUCAAAGAUCCACCAGGUGACGACCUCGGCGCCCCAAAUCGAGCACGUACUCGCGGAAUCUCUUCGCACACCCUUCACGCAAAGGGUCACCGGCGUACGGCUCCAGAAGAUGGAGAAACUUCGUCUUCCAACCUUCAAGGGUCUCUCCGACCCUUCUACUCAUGUCACGUCCUUCAACAUAGCGAUGCGACGCGCAAAUCUGACCGACGAAGACAAAGACGCCGGCUUUUGCCAACUCUUUGUCGAAACCUUAGAGGGACCGGCCCUUACUUGGUUCACAGGCCUCAGAGAAAACUCCGUCGAUUGUUUCCACGACCUCUCGACGGCCUUCCUGAAGAAUUAUAUCAUGUUCACCAACCAAGAAACGACCGUGUCCGACCUGUGGAACCUCACUCAUACCAGAGGCCUUGGUCUCCUCCGAAGACGAGCUACCCGCAAUCCGCACAUUAGCGUAAUCAUGGGAGGAUCACCUCCUUGCGGCGACUCAGUUCGAGCUGUCAAAGACUACAAACGACAAGCCACCACCUCCAAGAAGUGGCCGCCUCCAGUCGAAAAUGAUCACCAGAUCACUUUUUCGGCACUGGAUACCAAGGGCGUCCAUACGCCACACAACGAUCCUCUCCUCGUCGACCUCGACAUCGGAGAAUGCCUAGUCGCAAAAGUCCUUAUCGACACCGGCAGCUCAGUCGAUCUCAUCUUUCGCGACACACUCGACAAAAUGGGAGUCGAUUUGAGAGAUAUGAAGCCUUCCUCUCGCACGCUCACUGGCUUCAACGGGGCCUCGGAGCAGAUGAUCGGAACAAUUCGUCUUCCAGUAUACGCAGGUGGUAUAACCCGUACCGUCAAGUUCUCCGUCAUCCGAGCCAAAGCACCCUACAAUGCCAUCCUCGGAACACCAUGGUUGCAUUCCAUGAAAGCCGUUCCCUCGACGUACCAUCAAUGCGUCAAGUUUCCCGGCAAAGACGGAAAAACACAGACGAUUCGGGGAGAUCAACAAGCCGCGAGAGAACUGCUGAUUGCAACCGUAAAGAUGCAGCAACAGGCUUCCCUCGUCAACUCCGUCAGUAAACCACUCAGCAAGAUAUACCCCCAGAAGGAGGAAGUUCGCGAAGUCGCAAUCGAUGAAUCCGACCCGACGAAAAUCAUCCGAGUUGGCGUCUACCUUUCCGACGACAUAUGUUCAAAGAUCAUCUCUUUCAUCAAAGACAACGCUUCAACGUUCGACUGGAAGACCUCCGACAUGAAGGGGAUCGACCCCGCAGUUACCUCCCAUGAACUGCACGUCGACCCGACGUUCAAACCCAUCCGACAGAAGCGACGCAAACUCGGUCCAGAAAGAUCUAAGGCAGUGAACGACGAAGUCGACCGGCUCCUCGACGCGGGUUUUAUUACCGAAGUUCGAUACCCUGAAUGGUUAGCCAACCCGGUCGUCGUCAAGAAGAAGAACGGCAAAUGGCGCAUAUGCGUCGAUUUCACGGACCUCAACAAGGCAUGCCCAAAGGAUAGUUACCCACUCCCUCACAUCGAUCGUCUCGUCGAAUCAACCGCUGGUAACGAACUCCUAACCUUCAUGGACGCUUUCUCGGGCUACAACCAGAUCUUGAUGCAUCCCGAUGAUCGCGAGAAGACAGCAUUCAUCACCGACAGAGGGACUUAUUGCUACAAGGUGAUGCCCUUCGGGCUAAAAAACGCCGGUGCGACUUAUCAGCGACUCGUUAGCCGAAUGUUCGCUGAUCAGCUUGGCAACACCAUGGAAGUGUACAUCGACGAUAUGUUGGUCAAAUCGCUCAAGGCCGACGACCACCUAAAUAACUUACGCGACUGCUUCAAGAUCUUGAACGACUAUGGGAUGAAACUCAACCCGGCCAAAUGUACCUUCGGUGUCACCUCUGGGGAAUUCCUCGGCUACAUCGUCACUCAGCGAGGAAUCGAAGCUAACCCCAAGCAGAUCUCGGCGAUACUCGACCUUCCAAGCCCGAAAAACAGCCGCGAAGUGCAGCGACUAACGGGACGCAUCGCAGCUCUCAACAGGUUCAUCUCGCGAUCGACCGACAAGUGUCUUCCCUUCUACGAGCUACUAAGGGGAAACAAGAGGUUCGUCUGGGAUGAAAAAUGCGAAGAGGCAUUCAAUCAACUCAAGCAUUAUGAAGAACCCUAAGAUAGGGAGGAUCACUUUAGCUGGGUGUUGGAUAUGAACCGAGAAGGCAAUUGGCACUUCUGGAACUGAAAUGGAUUGAAAGGAUCGUCAAGAGAUGCGGAAUGGCUCUUGAUAUACCCACGAUCUAAGGCUAACCACCAAAGAAAUAAUGAAUGUGUUGGCUAACCACCAAA